GAGGAACAGACAGUAAGACGAGCUGGUCUUACCAUCUAACCGUUAGCGAUGACUUAUCUGCCAGACCGCAGCUGACCACACUGCAAAAUAACUCUGAGACUCAUUCAGGUUUUCUUUGCUGAGGAAGUACAGUCCUAUGCUGAACUACAUGUUUGAACUGAAAGAAGAUUCUGUUAAGAACAUGGAGAGAUCCAUUACCAUCCUCCUCCUAUGGUGUCAUCUCCAAGGCGUCGGAGGCCAGAGCUGGACCGUGUCUCUGCCCUAUAGUGUGAAGGGUCUGCAGGGUUCCUGUGUGAGGAUCCCCUGCAGUUUCACGCUGGAGCAGGGCUGGGAUACUUACCUGGACCAUGCAUGUAAAGCCCAAUGGUUUAAGGAUUUUAGGCAAGACCUAGUGUUUGACUCCAGCCUCGAAGGACAUCAAAACCUCUACCAGGGAGAGCUGGUGGGGAAUCUCCUGAGUAAAAACUGCACAACCAUCUUCCACAACCUCCCCGUCUUCAAAUCCAAGCUUUUCUUCAGAAUUGAAUGUCGAAACAGUCUCAAAUACAACUACGCUACUGGCGUUGUGGUCGAUGUUGAAGAUGUGUGGAGACCGGUCUUGAAUCCAAAAGGCCGAGUGGAGGCUGUUGAAGGCAGGCCAGUCAUGCUUUCCUGCUCGGCUCAGAUCCUCUGUCCUCACCAACCCACGCUGUCAUGGACACCAAGCCUUGGAGACACCCAGGAGACAGUGGAAGAUGAGCUUGUGACCUCUGUGCUGACCUUCAAUGCCUCCGCGCUUCACCAUCGACAGAGGAUCACCUGCUCCUCCCUCUACAAGCGCCACACAGGACUAAGCGACGCCUCCUUCGAACAAUAUUUGACCCUCAACGUUUUGUACCGUCCGGACAACGUAUCGGUGGAGUGGCCGUCCAGCCCGGUGCUGGAGGGAAGCUAUGUGCGUCUGAGCUGCAAAGGCUCCGCCAACCCCCCAGUGGACCGCUACGCCUGGUAUCGCUCCCGACUGAACCCAGGAACCGAUCAGGGGCCCUCUGAGGGGCCCCUGGGUUUCAGUCGGUUUGUCACCGUGUUGGUCUCUGCAGACGCUCAGUACUUCUGUGAAGUGGGGAACCCUUACGGAGCGAAGAACACCAGCCUGACCCGGAUGGUCGUCCACUAUCCUCCUAGAGAGGUGGAGCUGAGGGCGGAGCCGCAGGGCGGGGUGCAGGAAGGACGGGGCUUCACGCUGAGCUGCUCCGGCCGGGCCUGGCCCUCCUCAAACUACACCUGGUACCUGGUCUCAGCAGGGGCCCCCGGGGUCCGGGUCCCUCUCCCGGACCACGGGGCCAACCUCACGGUGGAGCGGGCAGAGCGACGCCACGGCGGACGCUACUACUGCCUCGCCGGAAACUACCUCGGAGCGAAAGAGUCGGACCCCGUCCACCUGGACAUCCUCUUUGCUGCUGAGAUCCUAAACUCCUCCCACUGUGUGAGGCUUCCCUCUGGGGUCCUCUGCUCCUGUGAGAGCCAGGGGAACCCCGUGCCAACGCUGACCUGGACAUUGGAUGGAGAGGCCGUCGAUCACUCUGCACACCGUCCCAUCAGGGAGUAUCAAACAGGCAACCUGGGAGUCAUGAAUGUCAUCAGCUUGCCCCAAUCAGACAAAGACCCGCCCACUGUCAUUUGUCUCAGCAACAACUCUAUGGGCGACAACCGCUUGGAGUUAAACUUUGCUUUCUCUAAAAGCGAACCUGACUUGGUGCUGUGGAUUGUCAAAUCUGCGGUGAUAUUCGUGGGAUUAGUGUGCGUGGUCGUCUGUAUUAUCAGAACUCGGAAGAUGGGUGAGGAGACGCGGUCCUUUAACGCUGCCACUGUGAAGCGAGCCCCCCCAGACGAGGAGGAGUCCCAGGUCGUCUUCGGAGGUGAGGAGGACGACUACAUUAACAGCAGGAUGCAGAUGAACCCGGUUGGACCGAGAGAGGAGGCUGUUCUGAGAGCCGGUUCCCCAGUCUCAACGCACCGUGAUGCAGCCUCCUCCCACCGGAUAGGCCCUGCAGGCUCCCACCCAGGACGACCGGUCUCUAGGGAGCUGACUGAAGAUACUCAGUAAACCGUUUAUGAUGACCAAGUAUUUCCUACAGGUAGAUAUUUUAAAAAGUUAGUAUAUAGCUUUUUUUUAAUAAGUUGAUAGCCAUCCGUGUCAGUGGCAGCCUGCCCUGUAGGCUGAAUAUGCAGUUGUGUGGACCAGCUAAGCCAGUUCACCAUUAAUUCUCUAAUUCAAGAUCCAUUCGGAGGGGUUAUGUUGGCCUUUGGUGGUGAUUUGCAUUCACAGCCGAGGUAGAGAAGGCUUGUAGUUGUCAGAAGUGAACUUUAAUGCAAUAUACACUGUUUCAUACAUUGUGUGAAACAUGACAGCAAAUCUAUUGAAAUUAAUAAAUGUAUUAAUUGUAAUUCUAGCGUUUUGGUCAAAUAAACAUUGGUCAAGUUUCUACUAGGUUUUAUAGCAAUGUCUAAUGUUAAUUAAAAUGUGCAACCAUCUCUUUUAAACAAA